AUGAAUUCUUGUAUUUGCAAAGCCCUAGUUUCUGUGCACUUCAAGCACUCUUCACACCUCCACAAACCACCAGUUGCAUGCUCAUCCCUCUUGCGGUUUUUCUUCUCUUCUUAUUCUUCUUUUUUACGCCCCGAAAAUGGAAAAAUCAAAGUUCCUUUAGCUGAUUACUUGAUCAAUCGGCAUCACUUCUCCCCUGAAGCUGCUUUAAAAGCCUCAUCAAUCAAAAAAUAUUUGGAGAAACCUGAAAACUCGGAUGCAGUACUCUUAUUUCUCAAAGAAAGUGGUUUCAGCAAUUUCCAUAUUGAGAACAUGAUUAAGAGAGCGCCUGAGGUACUCUCUUCUAGUAUUGUUAAAACAGUUGAACCCAAAAUCAAGGCUUUUCAAGGUUUGGGUUUUUCAUCUACUGACAUUGCUGAUGUAUUGUCUUCUGAUCCCUGGAUUUUGACCAGAAGUGUAGAUAAACUUGUACCAUCGAUUUUGAUGUUGAAGAGCGUUUUAGGAUCAAAUGCAGAUGUGGCUAAGCUGUUGAAGACAUCUGGGUGGUUUCUGAAAAAUGAUUUGGAGAAGACUAUGAUGCCUAAUAUGGAAUAUUUGAAGAGUUGUGGAGUUAGUUCUACACAAAUUGUUAGAUAUGUGUUUAGUUUCCCUAGAUUUUGGCUCAACAAGCCUGAUAGUGUUAAGGAUUUUGUGAAAAGAGUCGAUGAGAUUGGCUUUGAUAGGAAAUCUAAGAUGUUUCUUUCUGCUAUUCGGACGAUUAGUUCAAUGAGCAUGGAGAAUUGGGAGCUUAAGUUGAAGUGCUUCAGGAGCUUGGGAUUUAAAGAAGAUGAUAUUGUUUCUACUUUCAGGAAGUCACCUCAGUCCUUUGCCGUAUCUGAGAGGAAGAUUAGAGAGGUAACAGAGGUGAUACUUGGUAGAGGAAAUUUGGAUAUAUCUUUUAUAGUUAACAACUCAUGGCUGCUUAUUUGCAGCGUUGAGCGAAGGCUAAAACCUCGGCUAAGGGUUUUUGACAUUCUGGUAAGUAAGAAUUUGCUUAGGAGGAAACCUCAAUUAACUACAAUUUGUAGGAUUCCUGAAAAGGUUUUCCUAAAGAUGUAUGUGCUUCCCUAUUCUGAUGAACUUGGUGAAUUAUACCCUCUAGUAAUUAAGGACUGA